GGCUUCAUUGUCCACCAAGGCCUGGCAGGUCUGGCUGCCUCCCUUCAUGCACUGAGUGGUAGAGGCACUGUCCUCCCCUCUGAGACCAGCUAUCUCGAGCCUUGGCCUGCCCUGCUAGUCAACAAAAGCACGGCUCGCCAGGGAAUAAUCUUCUCGGGUUGCGGUGUAAUCUGAGAAGCUUCUGUUUUAACUGGGGAGACAUGAUGACAGCACUUGUGAAAGCAGAAGAAUAAUCACCUCCUAUUAAUGUGAUGCCAGUUCUAUACAGGAGUAAACUCUGAGCCGGGAACAUCCUUCUGGACCAGAAGAGUGAGUGCAGCAGCAACCACACUCAGCAACGAUGUCAGCAGAACUGGAGACUUCAGAGGGGCUGGAUGAGUCGGAGAAAAAGAGCUCCGGGGCCUCAGAAAAAGAAAACCACACCAAGAUGGCCGACCUCUCCGAGCUCCUGAAGGAAGGGACCAAGGAAGCACACGACCGGGCAGAAAACACCCAGUUUGUCAAGGACUUCUUGAAAGGCAACAUCAGGAAGGAACUGUUUAAGCUGGCCACUACUGCACUUUACUUCACGUACUCAGCCCUCGAGGAGGAAAUGGAGCGCAACAAGGACCACCCAGCCUUUGCCCCCUUGUACUUCCCCAUGGAACUACACCGGAAGGAGGCACUGACCAAGGACAUGGAGUAUUUCUUUGGUGAGGACUGGGAGGAGAAGGUGCGGUGCUCUGAGGCUGCCCAAAAGUACGUGGAACGGAUCCAUUACGUGGGGCAGAAUGAGCCAGAGCUACUGGUGGCCCAUGCCUACACCCGCUAUAUGGGGGACCUCUCAGGGGGACAAGUGCUGAAGAAGGUGGCCCAGCGGGCCCUGAAACUUCCCAGCACAGGAGAAGGGACCCAGUUCUAUCUGUUUGAGAAUGUGGACAAUGCACAACAGUUCAAGCAGCUGUACCGGGCCCGAAUGAAUGCCCUGGACCUGAACCUGAAGACCAAAGAGAGGAUUGUGGAGGAGGCCAACAGGGCCUUUGAGUACAACAUGCAGAUAUUCGAUGAACUGGACCAGGCUGGCUCCGUGUUGGCCAGGGAGACCCAGGAGGAUGGGCUCCCCGUGCACGAUGGGAAAGGAGAUGUGCGCAAAUGCCCGUACUAUGCUGCUAAACCAGACAGAGGUGCCCUGGAGGGCAGCAGCUGCCCCUUCCAAACCGCCCUGGCUGUGCUGAGUAAGCCCGGCCUGCAGUUCAUUCUGGCUGCUGGUGUGGCCCUGGUUGCUGGCCUCCUGGCCUGGUACUACAUGUGAAGGAACCAGCAUACCACGUUGGCGCCCUCCUCCCGAGUGACCACUGGCCUGCCCCCACCUCCACCGGUGACUAAGCUACCACCUCAGGUGACUUUUUUUAAAUGGUUUUGAGAAAACAAGCAACCAAUAAAGGCCAGACGCUAAA